UUCUUUCUGAUUUUUAUACGCUACGUGUCAUAGUUCAUUAAUAAUUAAUUGAAGAUUAAUUUUGUUAGUAUCUAUUGUUGUAGAAUAAAGUUGAACAAGCGAUAAUAGCAAUUUUUACAACCAUAAAAUAAAUAUAAUAUCUUAAUACUACGUAUACAAUAUGUGACUUGGAUGAAUGUUAGUUUACGUAGGGAAAUACCCGGUGUUGUGGAUAUAGGUGUAUAUUUAUAUGUAUAAAUAUAUAGUCUGUAACACCUUCAAGACUUCCAAAAUAAAAACAAAUUUGCAUACUUCAUUUUCGUGAGUACGCCAACUAUUGAAAAUAUAUUGUUUCGAAGAUAGUAGCCGCUUCCUAGAAUGUAUUCGUUACUUAGUAAAACAGAAAAUGCUCAUGAAGAUAGUAUCUGGACCUGUGCUUGGGGAUGUCCGAAGAAGAAAAAGGAAACCCAACCGGAUAACGAAGACUCUCGGGAUUCAAUGAGAUCCAAUGAAGAUGAGAUUGUGGAAUACAUAGUAACUGGAUCUGUCGAUGAUACCGUGAAAGUUUGGGAAUACAAGGAAAAAUCUAUGCAAUUGAAACAUAAACAUAAGUUAACUGGACAUUCCCUUGGCGUGUUAUCUGUUGCAGUGAGUUCAGAUGGCUCGAAAUGUGCAUCCAGUUCGUUAGACUCUAGUCUAAAGUUAUGGGAUCUGGAAACAGGAGAAAAAAUAUCGAGCAUUGAAGUAGGCCCUGUAGAUAUUUGGACAGUAGUAUUUUCUCCAGAUGAUAAAUUCAUUGUGUCUGGCAGUCAUUCUGGCAAAAUACAUCUGUAUGGAACAGAAAGUGGUAAAAGAGAACAAACUUUGGAUACCAGGGGUGGAAAAUUUACAUUAAGUGUUGCCUAUAGCCCCGAUGGUAAAUAUAUUGCUAGUGGUGCCAUAGAUGGAAUCAUUAACAUAUUUGAUGUUACAUAUGGAAAAGUAUUGCGUACAUUAGAAGGUCAUGCGAUGCCUAUCAGGUCUCUCUGUUUCUCACCAGACUCUCAGCUGCUUCUUACUGCAUCAGCUGAUGGGCAUAUGAAAUUAUAUGAUGUGAAAGAUGCUAAUUUAGCUGGAACUAUGUCAGGUCAUGCUUCAUGGGUACUUGGUGUUGCUUUUGCUCCAGAUGGCAAAACAUUUGCUUCUAGUAGUUCAGAUCACACAGUUAAAAUCUGGGAAUUAGCACAGCGACAAUGUCUUCAUACAUUCAAUGAACAUAAUGAUCAGGUAUGGGCUGUGAAGUACAGUCCUCAAAGGAACGAUGUACUUGUAUCUGUAUCUGACGAUAAAUCCAUUAAUUUAUACGAAUGUCCAAUGUAUGAUAAAUAAAUGUUUUAUAAAGAUAG